CAUCAGGCGCCGGCCUCUUCCUCCCUGUUUCCCUGCCCGGCUGCGGGCGCAUCUUCCCCCCGGAUUCUCACCCAUGGCCGGGGCGCGCGUGCUGGGCGAGAGCGGGGGCGGCGGGGGCGCUGCUGCCGCCGCCGCGGCCCCCAUGGACUACUCGGUGCACGAGGCUUGGAACGAGGCCACCAACGUCUACCUGCUGGCCGUGCUGGCCAGCCUGGCUCUGCUGGUGUACGCGCGCAGAAAUAAAAGGAAGAUCAUGAGGAUUUUUACGCUACCUCCUGCUGUAGAAGUACCUCCUGAACCAAACUUUUACGAUAGUGUGAAAAAAAUCCGUCUACGUCAGCAGCUAGAGAUGUACUCUAUCGCAAGGAAAUAUGAUCACCAGCAGCAGCCGCAAAAGCAGACGGAUAGUGUACAGCUAUUGGUGGAAUGAAGUCUCAAAGCUCUGAAGCUGAGAGGAUGAUGGAAAGUUUGGGAUGUAGUCAUUUUCAAUGCGACUUGAAUAGUAUAGUGAUUUGUAUUCGUAAUUAUUGCCUUGAGAAGACAUAUGUAAAUGUACAGCGAGCAUUUUCUGAAAUCGGGAAAAUGAACAUGGCUGAUACAUAUUGGCCCUGUUUUCCAGUUUGCUUUACAAAUGAUUUCCAGUAAAAGUAGGAGUAGAUAAAGUUAAAGCAGGGCUGUUGGGACGUUCAGUGUGGGUAUCACAGCAAUUCCCAUUCAAAAGGGAUGAGAAAGGCACAUGACAUUUGAUGUGCCUCAGUGCAGUUAAUAAAGUAGUUGGUGCUGGCAGAAAACAGAAUAUAUACUUAGAGGCUCACAAUAAAUACCAAAUGUCUUGUUUGGGUUA